UCUCAUCUAGCUGACAAAGGAAUUGAGUGGCGAUUUAUACCACCCCGUGCACCACAUUUCGGUGGACUUUGGGAGGCUGGGGUCAAAAGUAUGAAAAGUUUGUUAUAUCGCGUUUUGGGAGAAGCUCGGCUCACGUACGAAGAAUUAUUAACUGUAAUAACGAAGGUGGAAGCUGUACUUAACUCGCGACCAAUAACUCCAAUAUCUUCUGAUCCGGUUGAUCUAACCUACCUCACGCCAGGUCAUUUUUUAAUUGGCGAUAUAAUGACUGCCAUACCGGAAAAGGACGAGACGACCACGCCUAUUACUCACUUAAAUAGGUGGAGAAUAGUCUCUCAUUACACCCAAGUACUUUGGAAACGGUGGCACCAAGAGUACUUAUCUCAACUACAGGAAAGAACCAAAUGGUCCAGCACGAAAGGGCCUAAUUACAAAUUGGAACUAUUGUGUUGGUAAAAGAGACAAAUUUACCACCACUCAAAUGGCAAGCUGGGCGUGUAAUGGAAUUAUACUGUGACGAUGACAACGUGGCACGAUCAGCAAAGGUCCGUACUAACGUCGGCGAGUUUUCACGAGCGGUCAGGUUAUUAUGUCCGUUACCUUUUGAAGGCAACAGUUUGUAGCCAGUUUGUAAUUUAUUUAAAUUUCUUAUAAUUCGUAGUUAUUGUAAUAUAUAUGUGUCAUAUCCCGUGUGGGAUUAAUCAUUAAUUUUUCCAUAAUGAAUUUGUUUCUAAUGAUUAUUUGUAUAUUAAAUUUUUUUUUUGUAUUUAUGUAUUAACUUUUACGUUUUUAGUUGUUGCGAAAUUUGUUCCUAGAUUAUAGUUGUUUUUGUUAUCUUUUACUUUGAAACAAAUAUUUCAAGGCGGGCGGUGUGUUUAGGCCUACACAAUAAGUGUAGCUAUUUUUGUCUUAUCUUACCGUUGUUCGGCGGCUACAUAGUUGUCCGGUUUUAAAGUCAGUCUACCUUUGUAAAGCGCACCGCUCGCGUACAUAAAAUAAACGCAUAUCUAUUUUUUUGUCUUUUACGUUUUCAUUUAAUUUAUCGAAGAUCUUUUAGUCGUAAGAGAUCACGCCGAAACAUGUAUUAAAUAGUUAAUAGUUCAAGAGUAAUACAUGAUUAAGGAUAAACAAAAGUAAAAAUAAUCAAAUUGUUUUUUUUAUGUAAAUAAGUUUUGAUAACAAAAUUAUCCUGUUUAAUAGAUUAAUAAUAUUUAGAUUAUAAUAAACUGUAUAAACGUUUACAUGUUAAGUACGAUUAACCUGGGCCCAAAUGUGGAUAAAUUUACCUAUACCUAAUACUACACCACUGUAGUUAAUAUAUUUUUAGAUUAUAUUAAUAUUUCAUUACAUAGAUGAGCUUCAAGAUUUUAAGGUAGAGUCUAUCAAUUCAAGUAAAUAUUUUAAAUGUUUUCUAAGAAAAGUUAAAGAAUCAGAAAAACACGAUGGUGGGAGAAAACAGAAGGUUUUACAAAAAAAAGAAGAUAAGAUUCAAGACUUAACGUCCGAAUUUAUCCAUUCAAGACAAUUUUUUUUAAAAAAUAGUAGCGAACUAGUAAAACGGGAGAAUGGAAAAGAAACUAUGGUUGACAAAAUAACCGACUUAAGGGAGUCAAUAAAAUGUGAAAUUUUAAAUGACCCACAAUUGGAAAUCAUCAUUCGAAAUCAGAUUGAAGAUUUAAUAUGCGAAAUCGUUCAAGAAAUUGUUCAGAAAUAUUUAAUGGAAUCUUCCGAUUACUUGAUAAAAAAUAUUAGUGGUCAAGAAAAACGCAAGACGGUCGAAAUAAAAAUAAACAAAACAUUAACCGAGUUAAAGGACAUACAGCAAAAUAAUGAUUUUAUUCCUUCUGCUCCGCCACUUCCCCAAACUCUACCAACGCUACAAAAAGCAGAAAAUAAUAUUAAAAGCAAAGGUAAGGUUGAUAGACCAGUAGGUCUACCAAUAAAUCUUAUAGAGGAAAUCAAACGUGGCGUGAAAUUGAAGCCGGUAAAUUCAGCGGUUAAAGUAUUAGAAAAACCAAAUAUACAUGACAAAAAUCUUCAAGGAAUGAACCCAUUGGAUAGUACUUAUAUCAUUCCUUCACCACCUCCCCAUACUCUACCAAAGCCAUUAAAACCAGAAAAUAAUAUUAAAAGCAAAGGUAAGGUUGAUAGACCAGUAGGUCUACCAAUAAAUCUUAUAGAGGAAAUCAAACGCGGCGUGAAAUUGAAGGUAAACCUUUUUAACAAUUAAUAAUAGA